CUGAAUUCAAGGCUUCUGUCGUACAGAAACACCUUGUCAAAUGCACAUGACCUUUUAUGCUGCCUCCAGAUACUACGUGUAUACUACGUGAGCUGUACCGAAAUCAAGGAUAUCCUAUUAUAUAGAUGGAGAUCUCUGUUCUAAGCGAAAGAUAUCACUUAGACUUCGACCUGGCGGACAUAGUGAGCAGUCAACAGCUCGUCAAAAUAUGGAGUCUUCUCUAUAUACAUUUAUCUCGAGCAUAGCAAGGCGACAAUCCCUCGAGGGCCCAGGAAAACCUUCCGGAGACAUCACCGACUCUUACCCCUAUUCACCUCUUCAACAUGGCGGCUUCUUUAUCUUGUUCUUUUUCCCUGCAAUCGCAUUCAUAGUGGUGUGUCUAAGGAUAUAUGGCAGGGUUAGAAGCAGGCAGUUUGGAUGGGACGAUGCUCUAGUAUGCAUCGCCAUGAUGCUCUCGAUUGCCGAAACGGGAUGUUCUCAUAUGGCCAUGCGUACGGCAUACCUAGGAGUUCACGUAUACGACAUACCGAUGACGGCCGACAUAAGCCUCGGGAUGUAUUGGAACUACAUAAUCCAGAUCAUUUAUAACCCAAUACUCGCCCUAGUCAAGUGUUCGGUUUUGACAUUCCUUCUGAGAAUAGGGGGGCAGAGACGAAAGAUAAGAUACUCGAUACAUGCCCUCAAUGUGUUCACCAUCGGUCUUAUGAUUGCCAUAUUCGUGACCGUGGUUUUCCAGUGUUCGCCAAUCUCGUAUUUUUGGGAACGUAUUACCGAUCCGACUCUUCAGGGAAGAUGUAUUGAUACAGGGAUAUUCUAUGUGACGACUGCGGCGUUGACCAUCUUCACGGAUGUUCUAGUCCUUGCCCUUCCGUUCUGGAUCUUCAUGGGAUUGAAAAUGGCUUCUAAGGUCAAGUUUGCUAUAAUGGUUGUGUUUCUCCUAGGAGCAAUUGUUACUAUCGUCAGCAUUCUUCGGAUGUUAUGGAUCAUAGAGACCUCUCUCUACCCCAUGAAAUAUGACUACUCUUACGAUAUCAGAUUCACUUAUUCGGCCGUCGAAACAAACUUGGCCAUAAUCACAGCGUCAGGUCCGGCAUUACGACCAUUAUUCAUGAUCUGGUUCCCUCGUUUCUUCUCCUCACUUCGUGGGACGACGAAUCAAAACUACCGUCACCGGGAUGGACGAUACGCAAAUAAUACAGGAGACGUUCAUAAGUCUGGUACGAAUGGCAACAGCUCAAAGGGAGAACAUCUCUAUGGUACGUCAUCUUUUGCUCUCAGAGAUAUGAAGAGGAGGACAGAGAUAAGGGGCCACUCUCCAACUACCAGCGAGGAAGAGAUUAUGACAUACAAUGGAAUUGUACGGACGACAGAAGUUGAGAUUCAGUUUGGCGUUAGGUCGCCGCCGUCUCCUCGCCAAGAAUGAAAAACCAAUAACAGAUUGACAGGUAAUUAAUGCAAUGCCAAGGAGACACACUUACACAUGAAGGUAAUAGGCAGGUUAUAAAUUUGCUGUAAAUAGUAUAUAAUUUGAUACCCACUUGAUGUUUUCACAA